GAGGCGCAUCACGCGACACCAUAUCGAAAGUAAAGUGAAUGAGGAAAUAGAUGAAUCCGGCUCGCUGGACUGUCUUGCUCACUUCUACCUGCACACUUUAACUUUAACUUAAACAGAGUUUAAAGGAUUAAUAAUUCAGACUCACCUUGAGUUUCUCUCUGCACCAUGUCGAAGGCUCUGAAAAUAACUCGCGCGAGCACAGCUCAGGUGGAAACCUUCCGCCAGUCUCUGUAUCAGGAGGCAGCAACUUUGUUCUCCAGCCACAUCCCUCAGAAGAUGUUCCAGCUGGAUGCUCUGCUCAGGGAUGAAGCCUUCAAUGUCACAGACAUGUCCUGCCUCCAGGCUCCACUGGACAUCCCCAUACCGGACCCUCCCUCACCAGAGGACGAGGAAAUGGAGACAGACAAGAACGAAGAAGACGAGAAGAAGAAGAAGAAAGCUCCUAAAUGUGGCUUCAUUAAGGGGAAUGAGAAGAUCUCAGCUCUUCUAGAGAAGGUGAAACCAGAGAUCGUGGGUCUAAGAGAGACCAUCAUUACUGUCUCCACCUGGAUCCUGCACCUCAUCCCAAAAAUAGAAGAUGGAAACGACUUUGGCGUCGCGAUCCAGGAGAAAAUCUUGGAGAGAAUCACAGCUGUGAGGACAAAAGUUGACGGUUUCCAGACAAACAUCAACAAGUACUUUACAGAGAGAGGAGAUGCUGUUGCAAAGGCUUCCAAAGAGACUCAUGUGAUGGACUAUCGCUCGCUCGUCCACGAGAAGGACGAAAACAUCUACUCCGAGAUCAGAGUGAUCGUCCUGGACAUCCGUGGCUUCUACGCCGAGCUUUACGACAUCAUCAGCAAGAACCUCGACAAGGUGACCAACCCCAAAGGAGAGGAGAAGCCGUCCAUGUACUGAAGCAGGAGGCUGCUGCGUGGAUUCAUCACCAAUCAUCUCUCUGUUCAGUUCAUUUCCACCAACACCCGAAAUAGUUACACUCAUGGUGUAUCAUGGGACUUUUGUUUUGUACCAACACUUGCACUAAGAUGUAAAACUACACGAUAAAAACAAUAAAAGAAAAGCCUGUUUUUUUCAAA